AGAGAACAAAAUGUUAUUAAUAAUUAAUAAACCCUUCCACCGUUGGAUCUGUGGAAAACCGUAGUUUUUGAUUUUUGGCUGGUAUGUCAUAGAUUGUAUAAAUAUCAAUCUAUUUAUUUUGGCCAGGCCCAGCUACCCAUCUUUAAUUUGUCACGAAUUUGAUAAUAGGUGGCGGUUAAAAUUAUAAAGCCAAGGUCACCUUCUUGGUUCUUAUAUUCAAUUUGAUUGCAUUUCUGUUCUGUGGGUAGAUCGCCAUGCCGAUUCCUUGUUCAACAGAUGCUUCAUCCCUUGCUUGUAUAGACUUGUCAAGUCCGGACCUGCAAAAAUCAGCUGAUCUUAUGAGACAGGCAUGCUUGGACAGUGGGUUUUUCUAUCUGAUAAAUCAUGGCAUUAGUGAAGAAUUUAUGGAGGAAUUGUUUCGACAAAGCAAGAAUUUCUUUGAGGUGCCAAUGGAGCAGAAAAUGCUAUGGUUAAGGAACAAGAAACACAGGGGUUAUACACCCUUCCAAGAUGAGUUGCUUGACCCAGACAAACAGAGUAAAGGGGACUGUAAGGAGGGGUAUUAUAUUGGAGUUGAAGUGGCUGAAGAUGACCCUCGAGCAUUGAAGGAAUUUUACGGACCAAAUGUUUGGCCUUCUGCAGAUUUAUUGCCUGGUUGGAGGGAAAUUAUGGAGAAGUACCACGAAAAAGCUUUAGAUGUUGGAAGGAAGGUAGCCAAGCUUAUUGCAUUGGCAUUGAACCUGGAUGUGAAUUUCUUUAAUGAGCCAGGGAUGCUUGAUGAACCGAUUGCUGUUCUGCGUCUAUUGCAUUAUGCUGGUUAUCAACCCUUCACAGGCGAAGUGUCCAAUCCAGAGCUGGGCAUAUAUGGUGCUGGUGCUCAUACGGAUUAUGGAUUGAUAACUCUACUAGCAACAGAUGGAGUGUCAGGCCUCCAAAUAUGCAGGAAUAAGGAUGAAAUGCCUCAAAUAUGGGAAGAUGUGCCCCCUUUGAAAGGAGGAUUUAUUGUUAAUCUUGGUGACAUGCUUGAACGUUGGAGUAAUGGAAAAUUCAGGUCUACUAUGCAUCGGGUUGUAGUACCAGAUCAGGAGCGGUACUCUAUAGCAUACUUCAUUGAACCCAGCCACGAUUGCCUUGUGGAAUGCCUUCCAACUUGUUAUUCGGAGUUGAAUCCUCCCAGAUAUUCACCAAUUACAUGUGAGCGGUAUUUAUCGCAACGUUACAAGGAUACCCACACCGACUUGAGUAAAUAUUCUUAAGCUCAUAUACAGUUCAAUUCUGUUGGAGGAAAGGGACUUUGAUAAACAUUGAACAUGUUUGUAUCUUGUAUAAGCAGGCUGCAAAUAUAUUGUACCUGAAAAUCCUUGUAUAAUAUAGGUUGAUUUCAUAGCAGGAAAGAGAUUAAUGGCUCACAGGGUAACAUGCCAGUUGGUAAACUAGUAUGUAGUAGCUUAUUGAUUUGUUAAAUUUGCACACAUUAUAUUUUCAUACAAACCACUAUAUGCAGAGUGGAUCCAUUCUUGAAUUAUACAACUCAAUUUUUCAGUUACA